GUACCUCCGAGACCCUGAGAACUCCCCCACACCACCAUGAAUGAAACCGUGCCCGAUACAGUAACUGGAUUAUAAUUUUUGGUGUUAUUAAUUUGAUUAUUAUUGGCUGCUUUACUUUUUUGGGUUCAUCCUGCGCCUCUUCUUCCUCUCUCCCUUCCUCUUGCUGCUUCCUCUUGGGAAUUAUGGCUCAUCCGGGGAGAAGAGGCUACGAUAACCGGGAGAUAGUGCUGAAGUACAUCCACUAUAAACUCUCGCAGAGGGGAUACGACUGGGCUGCCGGCGAGGACAGGGCCCCCCUGCCUCCAGGUUUCUCUCCUCCUGCUGCUGCUGCUGCUGCGGUCACUGCUGCUGCUGCUGCUGCUGGGACUUCCUCUGAUCACACUGGGCUGGUGUCUCCGCACCCCGAGCCCCCCGGCUCGGCUGCUGCUAGCCACGCGCCCCCGGCCGAGGGGCUGCGCCCCGCGCCCCAGGUCGUCCACCUCACCCUGCGCCAGGCGGGGGACGAGUUCUCCCGCCGCUACCAGAGGGACUUUGCCCAAAUGUCCGGCCAGCUGCACCUGACGCCCUUCACGGCCAGGGGCCGCUUCGUGGCGGUGGUGGAGGAGCUCUUCCGAGACGGGGUUAACUGGGGCAGGAUCGUGGCCUUCUUCGAGUUCGGCGGCGUGAUGUGCGUGGAGAGCGUCAACCGGGAGAUGUCUCCUCUUGUAGACAGCAUCGCCGCCUGGAUGACCGAGUACCUGAACCGGCACCUGCACAACUGGAUCCAGGACAACGGAGGCUGGAUGAGAGCCUGUGCAUUGUUCUCUGCCACUGGAUGCCUUCGUGGAGUUGUAUGGCAACAGUAUGAGGCCUUUGUUCGACUUCUCCUGGAUCUCUCUGAAGACUAUCCUGAGUCUGGUUCUGGUGGGAGCUUGCAUCACUCUUGGCGCUUAUCUCGGACAUAAGUAGAGUCACCCAAUUUAUCGUGGAUUACAAAAGUCUUUCAAAACAACAAAAUAAUAUUUUUUUUUCUGUAGCACAAUGAUAUUUUAUGAGCAAAACAACUUCCCAGCUAAAGAUUAAAUCAGCUAUUACUGCCAAAGGAAAUAUCAUUUAUUUUUACAUUGCAGGAAAUUAUUUAUUAAAAGAUAUUUACAUUUUAACCUGCCAUUUUCAGAAACUCUGCAAGUUGUAUCUGUCAUCACAUCAUGUUGUUAUUCUUAACUUUAAUGAGCCCUAAAGUCUUUUACGUUCUUUUUUUAAUUAAUGCAGCUGGCUGGAUUAUUUUAUCUCUGAAGAGCAAAGUUACUGACAAGGACCUACCUGCUUACACUUACGAGGGCAGUUACUUGAGCUGCUAAAGGCUGCAUAGCUGUGUUGAUUUUCCUUGCAUUUUCCGGAUGGCUGGGAGGGAUCUGAAAGACAAGGUCAGCGUGAACAAAGUUCUCACCCUGUCCUGCUGGCAAGAACUGAAGGCGUAAACGAUUCAACAUAGUAGAUACGUGGAGUCAAGAUGGCAACUUCUUGAAGGACGCCUGGCUAUCCCUACAGGAGAACAGUUGGAAGUACGAUUGCCUAUGCCUUGUAAACAUGCGUUUUCAAGUUACCAGUUGUGCCAUCACGUUAUAAUCACAAUACCCUAAUACAUGUCAACUCAGAUACUUUUUUUUAAUAGAAGUGUGAAGUUAAAUCUUUGGGGCUUGCAGGAAAUUGCCGUUCCAAUGAUUUUCUCAGCAGUAAAACGUUUUUUGCGGUUACUGACACAGCAACAUCAGGAGACCUUAAGUGCCUGCUUUGACAGAGCAGAGCUGGAGCCUGAAGACCUGACCUGUGUCCCAUUUCAGUGGGCUCAUAUCUGCAACUAAUCCUGUUUACUUACUGAGUUCCUCCAGGGGUUUGAAACCAAUUAGAUGCGGUCUCUAAAUCCCUGAAAGUUGAAAAAGAUCUUAAUUUUAUUUGGCAAGAAGCAGACCUCAGCUGAGUUACAGAUUAGCUCUGACUAUUCUUGUUUAUCAAACUGGACACCAAAAUCAAGUUCAUUUUCAUAACAGGAAAAGAAAGUGAGCUUUAUCCUCCUGCCCCUUGCCCUCAAAAUUAUUUCAUGCUAAUAAUUUCCUAAGACUGUCUACAGAAGAAAAGAUGAUGAAGAAACUCCAAAUCCUCUCUCUGGACAGAGACUCUGACACCUCGAUUGUGCAGGUGCCUACUGUCGUU